AUGGAAAUUCAAUACCUUUCAGAUCAGCAACAAAAAAUCCAGCUAAAAACUUUUACCAACUGGAUCAACCAUACUCUUAAAAAGAAUGGUUCCAGUAGAAGAGUGACAGAUAUACUAGAAGAGGUUAAAGAUGGAGUUAUAUUAUUAGAGAUAAUACAAAUACUGACCAAAGAAAAAGUGGUAUGGACAAAAGGGAGACCAAGUUCAACGAAAAGACCGUUACAGAUUAACAAUGUUUCUACAGCUUUAGAUUUCCUUAGUACAAAGGGGAUAAGAUUAGUGAAUAUAAAUUGUUCUGAUAUAGUAGAUGGUAAACCAGCUAUAGUUCUAGGUUUAAUCUGGAAAAUUAUUCUCCAUUUACAGGUAAGAAUAGUUCAUAGAAAAACAUUAAUUGGAACAACGGUAGAUCUGGAUAUUAAUCAGAUCGGCAUUGACCGCUUUCUAUGGAAUCAUGACCCCUCCACAUUGAUUACUUCUAGGAAUACAGUAUUAGACGCUAAAGAUUUUGGACGAUCGUGGAGAAAUGGUGUACUAUUUAGUAAACUGAUAAAUACUAUCCAACCAGGAUUAGUUGAUACAGAUGUCAUGGUUAAAGAAAAUAACCAACGAAAUCUUCAGAUGGCUUUUAAUAUAGCAGAGGAAAAAUUAGAUAUACCCCGCUUAUUAGACCCUGAAGAUAUAGAUGUAGAUAAGCCUGAUGAAGUUUCUAUAAUAACUUAUGUUGGUGAAUUCAUUAAGAAAUAUCCUCAAGGUGUUGACGGCACAUUAAAGGUAGAACUAUACAGAUUGAUUUUAACUUUUAUUUUAUAUUAUACUAUACUAUUGUAUUGA